GUGAGUCCCAGAGCAGACUUCCUGCUCAGGGCUCAGGGCUACGGCAGCCUCCCCGGACCCAGGCUGGGGAGACUGGAGGGGUCGGACGCCAAGCUCAGGCCCAGGCCGGGCCGGGCAGGAAGAUGUCUGGUGGUGGCAGCGAGGUCAGCACCAGGAUAUCCACAGAAAUUCAGAGCACAGAGGACAGGCUUGUCCGUGAGGCUGUAUUCAGGCACUUCAAAAGACAUAAAGUGGAGAUUUCAACUGCAAUAACCAAGACAUUUCCUUUCCUUGAGGGCCUUCGUGACCGUGAAAUCAUCACCAAUAGAAUGUAUGAAGACUGUCAAGAUUCUUGUAGAAACCUGGUCCCUGUAUCAAGAGUGGUGUACAAUGUUCUCAGUGAGCUGGAGAAGACAUUUGACUGGUCGAUUCUGGAAGCAUUGUUCAGCGAGGUCAACAGGCAGGAAUAUCCUGAUUUAAAUCACAUUUAUGAAAGCUUCGCAAAGGUGAUCCAGGAGAAAAUUAAUCAGGAAGAAAACAAUGAAGAAGAGAGGGAGGAGAGGCCUACUUUCCCACUAAGCCUUGAGCAAGGAGCUCGUGGAAACUCAUUUCGAGGCCUGACUUGGUGUUGCAGAGCGUCCUCAUCUCACGAUGGUACAGCCUCACCUGAAAGUGGACUCUCAGAUCACCUCUGUGAAACAGAACAGAUAAAUGCAAUGAGGAAAGAUACAACGGGUGACCAAAAUGAUGCACUAGAAAGCCAACAAGCAGAUGAACCAUGUGCCCAAGAGUCUGCACUGGAAAGCCAACAAGCAGAUGAACAAUGUGCCCAAGAGUCUGAACCAGCAGCAAAGCUACCCAACCAUGGAUCUCAAAUGAAUUCCUGUUCUGUCCUUCUGGUGGAUAUAAAGAAAGAAAAGCCAUUUUUUAACCCAGAAGUUGAACGGCAAACCCAAACAAGGACGGGCCGUAACCAGGCAUCUGACAUAAUAGUGAUCAGCAGCGAGGACUCCGCAGAAUCCAGUGAUGGAGACAAAUCCCCUGAACCCUCCACAUCAGCACUGAGAAGGGCAUCUGAUCCUUGGGAUACUGAAAACACAUCUGUUUGCAGCAUAAGCAAUAGGAAAAGACGGAUCAGCAGUGGAGACUCUUCAGAACUGAGUAACGAAGACGAGCCUCAGGAGACAUCUAGCCCAGCCCUAAAAAAUGGGUCAGAUACCAUGGAUACUGGAAGCAAUUCUACUUUGGGAAAACACAGUGGGAAAAGAAGGAGAAAAGCUGUCGACACUGGGCCUUUGAAAAAAAGCAGAAAAAGAGGUCCAAGAAUUCCCAAAGCAACAGAUGUGAAUUUUCGACUUCCUCAACUUCCUGUUACUUGUGGCGAGGCAAAGGGGAUUUUAUAUAAGGAGAAAAUGAUAAAAGGCACCUCGGAGAAGUGUGUACAGGAUGAACACGGAACGUGGUUCACCCUCAGGGAAUUUGAAAUUGAAGGAGACCACGAACCAUCCAAGAACUGGAAGCUGAGUGUGCGCUGCGGUGGAUGGCCCCUGAAAACCUUGAUUCAGAGAGCAUUUCUACCAGACCCUUCAAGAAAAAGAAAAAUGCCAGAAAACUCAAAGGAAUGCAAGGUAUGCCAUGGGAAGACCAAGCUAUUCUCCUGUAAUACUUGUUCAAGGUUCUUUCAUGAGAAAUGCCACAUCCCACCUAAAGGUGCUGACAGGAACCCAUGGAGUUGCAUCUUCUGCAAGAUAAAGGCUCUUCAGGAAAGGUGCCCAGAAAGCCAGCCAUGUCAUCAGGAAUCUGAGGUCCUGAAGAAGAUGAUGCUGCCUAAAGAGAAGUUGAAGUGUGCGUUCCUCCUCUUGAAGGUCUAUUGCUCUCCAAAAAGCCCCUUUUUUGCCUCAGAACCAUACUAUAGUAAAGAGACAUCUCAGGGCAUGAAGGAGCCCAUGCGGUUAAACAAAAUCAAGGAAAAGCUGACGAAGGACAUGUACCACCAAGUGCAGGGAUUUGUGCAGGACAUGUGUCUCAUCUUCCAGAACUACAGGGCAUUUUACAAGAACAACAAGAAAUUCAUCAAUCUGGGAUUUCAACUAGAGGCUGAAUUUGAGAAUGAUUUCAGAAACAUUUUUGGCAUCCAGGAAAUAAGUACAAACAGCAUUCAGUCUGAGCCCAAUCUUUCAUAGUAUAGCCCAUUUCUAGUUCCCCCUUCAGAGUCUCCAGAGCUAUAUGAUACUGUGCCUGUGGCCCCACUGACCAUCUGCUUGUUGCUGUGCAAAUAACACACUUCUUUUUCAAACUUUUUUUGUUGACAUUCCUGAUCAUUUAUUUUUCUAAAUAAAAUUUUUAAAUUUCAGAUCCUCUUAUUGAGUAAUUUGGGGUGAAAUUCACAAAAGAAAAUAUCAGGUCUUUCUAUAAAGGAUCAUAUUAUGUGCUUUCAUUUACUUGAAUCUUCUAUUAGGUUCUUAAGUAAAGUUUUCUCUUCUUUUCUCCUCCCCACACAGGUCUUAGUCAUUUCUUAUUUUACUCUCGGGUAUUUAAUGUUAUUUUGUUAUUGUGAAAGUGACAUUUUUCCCAAUGCAUUUUAUUGCUGAUUAUUGCCUAUUAUGGAAAGCUACAGUGACAUAUAUUUUGGUCAUUGAUUACCUUACUGAAUACUGGAUAGUACCCUUUUUGGCUUCAUACCCAGUGGCAUCAGGAAGCCUGUAGUAGAUGCACAGCAUUUCUAAUUUUCAGUUCGCACAGUCAUAAUUGGUACAGCUGAUGGAAGCAUUCCUCACCUCUGACAAUUCUUGGUUCCACUGGGGAAUAGAUCCUGCCGUGGCAUCCUGGGGACCUUGCAUGUUUCCACAUAGGCCAUAUAGGCAAGACUUACCUAUAGCUGCUCUAAGUCUUGAGAAUGCCUUAUGAUCUUUCCAGAACAUAACAGCCUGGGAAGCUUGUGAGGAGCUGCCACAAGGCCAUUUCCUACUCACAACCUUAUCUUCCAGAGGCUAUCAUGACACACUGUCCUCACGUUCCAAUUUCUGAUAAGGUAUGAGGCUGUCUGCCUCCUUUUAGGGCACAGCUGCAGGCUGUAAGAUUGCUUAGCUGUAACAUGAAUGUGUAGCAUCCCUCAUGUUUCGUCAUAUUUCAUCCACAUCCCUUUUGGUGUUGGUGCUACCCGACGGGACAAAGGACAUGGGGAGUUGGCACCUAUGCUCGUCUUGCUGUUGCUAUCUAUGUAAGUAAUAAACUGUCUAAAUCUUAAAAGGAAGUUUUAUUUCUUUUUUUUAAUAUGCACAAAU